AUGGCUUGCCACACUCGCUCCAACAGCUUCAACUCAAGGCCACACCCGAUCGUUCAAGAAGUUGAUGAACAUUUGUGUAGAUUGAGAUCUUCUGAGGCCACCUCCACAUCCUCCUCAUCAAUCAGCCACGAACUAAGUGGCCUCCAAGACUUGCAUGGCUCUGUUGAUAGGCUAUUGGAUGUUUGUAACGUGCCAAGGAUGCCCUGUUGCAAACCAAGGAAUGCGUACAGGACCUUCAACCAAUCAUGCGAAGAACGCGAGGAGGUGAAUCUGGAGCACUCACCAGGUCAGGAAAUACUUGACCUCAAGGAAGAUGGUGAAGAAGGCAAUCCACAAGGCUAUGGGAAAUCUCAUGGGAUCAAUGAGACUAUUUCCAUUGUUAGCAAGUUGAGAGAUGUUGAAGCAGUCACUUUCGCGGUGUUUGUAUCCCUUCUUUCCUUCAUCUCAGGGCCAAAAUCACAGCCAAGCAGCUGGUCAUUGGUCUCCAAGAUGAUGCAGUCAAAAACAGUAGCUUGUGAGGAAGAAACAAAAGUAUGA